AUGCCAAGACUAAAUCAAUUUACAUUUAAUAUUCGUUUAUUCAAUCGUUCUUCUGAUCAAAAUAAUAUACCUUUAAAUGAAGAGAUUCAAGAUACAUUCAAAGAUUUUAUGAAUAAUCAAAUUAUUUCUUGUGCUGAUUAUUUUCAAGAGAGCCAUUAUAGUUAUUGCCUUAUUUAUUCACAUCCAUAUAGAUUGGAACAUUAUGAUAAUAUUUCAAAUAAUUUUCCUGGUGGAUUAUUUAAAUAUGUUUAUGAAGUAUCAUUACAUGAUGAACGUCCAUUUGAACAUGCAUUUUUUCUUCGAAUUGCACAAUCGUUUCCAUUUAUGAGAAAAUUAAGUGUAAUUAAUAAUAAACCGCAAAGAAAUAAAUCAGAAAAUGAUAAUCAAGAUUUAUUAAUUAUUAAAUAUUCUCAUCUAACUGAACUCAAUCUUCUUGAAGCUCAUGAUGAUUAUAUCGAACUAUUUUUACUUGAUACUAAAUUAUAUCUUCCAAAUAAUGUUCAUCUUAUUGCUCACUACGAAUCUUUGCGAUUAUUAACAGAUAAUUUUCAAAGAGAUGCAACAAGGAUCAAUUGUGCUAAAAUGGAAUUUACUUCUUAUGAUAACGUUUUUCCAUUUCCAACGCAUUUUAAGGACUAUUUUCUUCAUGUAGAUAUGCCUAGAUUACGUUGA